CAGUGACUACAAUCUGAUCAGUUCAAUUUUAAUUUGAAUUACUUGCACUUUGUCCGAGUUCCAAGUACUGCAUAUCAUCCACCAGACUCCGCCAGAGUAUCAAUGCUCUACCCCGUCUUCCUCUCCUCCUAAUUAAUUAAAACAAAAACAUCUUCCUCCUCUCAUUCUUUCUAUGGAGCUUCCUACUUCCUCCUCGCUUCGUUUCCUAGUCCGACAGUCUCCUUCUUCUUCUACAACUCCCUCAAACCCUAAUUCCCAAAAACCAUCCUCUCUUCGCCUCUCCUCCCUUUCUCACUCUUCCAGUCUCUUAACGUCGUCUUCGUCGUCCUCGUCUUCCUCCCAAUCACAAUCUCCCUCUCUGGAAGGCGUCGUCGUGAUAGGUUUCAUCGGCCGCAGAUCUGAUGACACAUCCCAGCUGAUCAACCGCAUCCUCGACGGCAAUGUAUUCGGCUCGGGCAAUCUCGAUAGGGAUCUCGCUUCCGGUUUCCACAAACUCCAAUUGGAAGAGGAGGAAACGGGCCCUCGGCUACGGCCGCAUCCCAGGAUCGGUUAUUACUACGAAGAGGAGAAAGGGAUUGUCUUCUUGCAGUUUGAGCCAUCCUUCUCGCCCUCCACUUCGCUGUGCUCAAUUACAGAUGGCUCGUCGUCUUUAGCUGCUGACGGGAGGGAGGUGUGUUUAUAUUCGGUUUUGGAGGAGCAGGAUUCAGACGAUCUCCUCGGGAUGCUAGUCAUGUUCUCAGUUUGCCAUGCAAUCAUAUAUCUUACUGAGGGCUUGCGCUUCGAUACCCAAAUCUUGAAGAAGUUUCGAAUGUUACAAGCUGCAAAGCAUACUAUGGCUCCAUUUGUGAAAUCCCAUAUUGCACCGAUGUUGACCUCCAAGGCUACUUCUCUAUCCUCGCAAACAUCUGUUCAAACAAGCUCUUCCAACAGUUCUCCUCCUGCAAGAGGUGGUGGCAUCAUGGGUCGUCAUGCUUCAGCCAUUUCACUCAUGUCAGGUUCAGGUUCAUAUCCCUCUUUGUUUCCAGGCCAGUGUUCACCUGCGGUUCUUUUUGUUUUUCUAGAUGACUUCUCAGAUGGCCCGAUCCCUGGGCACCAUGGGAUGGAUUCGGCAGAUGCCUCUUCAGUGGAUCAAUCUUCUGCUGUGAGUGGCUUACCUAGGCCAGGUUUGCCUGCAAAUGGUUCUAGUUCUGUCGUAAUGUUAGCUCGCUCGAUGAGUAAAGCUGAAGGUAGUUUCAGGAAGAAACUACAGUCAUCUCUUGAGGCACAGAUCCGGUUUUUGAUUAAGAAAUGCCGUACGCUAGCAGGCAGUGAGGUCAGCCAUUCUGUGUCUAGAGGUGGGACCAAUAUGAGUUCCUCACCUUUGUUCUCCCUUGACGCUUCACGGGCUGUUGUGCUGCUGGACAGGGCAGCAAACCGCAAAGGUGAAUCUCUGGAUAUUGCUAUGGGUAUUGUUGAGGAGGUUUUCAGUGGGAAUGUAGCCUCGGAUAUUCUGUUGCUUGAAAAUCAUUGCCAGAGCUCAAAUAAAGAGGAUAUUCAAUCUAUAAAGGAGUUCAUUCAUAGGCAGUCCGACACCCUAAGAGGGAGAGGAGGUUUGGCAACUAAUUCCAAUAGCAGUCCGGCUUCUGGUGUCGGUAUGGUAGCUGUUGCUGCCGCUGCUGCCGCAGCAUCAGCUGCAUCGGGAAAGACAUUUAGUACUCCUGAACUUCCAAGUUUUGAGAACUGGUUGUCUUCCAGUCAACUUAUUCUCAAGGCGUUGCUCUCUGCAAGAAGGUUUGUAAGUGAAAAAGGAAGUGGUGGAGAAGCAUGUCUUCGACGAAAUGCUACUUCGAUUCAGUUUGAAGGGAUUGCUCCGAUAGGAACUGAUACUAUAGAAGCUGCUAUAUCUUGUUUGGAAAGUGGUAGAGGCCUGAACAUGAAAUUUUCAAUGUCAUGGUGCGAGAGAGCACUGCCAGAUGCUAAGGAGAUUUACCUGAAAGAUUUGCCUGCCUGUUAUCCCACCAGCCAUCAUGAGGCACAAUUAGGCAAGGCUUUACGUGCUUUCAAAUCAAUGGUCAAGGGACCAGCUUUGCAAGCAUUUGCGAAAAGGUUGGAAGAUGAGUGCACUUCAAUUUGGAAAUCUGGGAGGCAGCUCUGUGAUGUUGUUAGUCUUACGGGGAAGCCUUGUGUGCACCAAAGACAUAACAGUGAAACCAGCAAUCUGCACUUACAGGAUGUCAUUAAGCCACAUUCCAGUGGAUUUGUUUUCCUUCAUGCGUGUGCUUGUGGUCGUUCAAGGCGGCUUCGAGAAGAUCCGUUUGAUUUUGAGAGUGCCAAUAUCAAGUUCAAUUCAUUUCCCAACUGUGAUGAAUUCCUUCCCACACUACGACUACCAAAAGCCGUCUCCAAUGCAGGACCUCUUCCGGCUUCAUCAUGGAGUCUGGUUCGUGUGGGAGGUGCAAGGUAUUAUGAUUCUUCUAAAGGCAUGCUUCAGAGUGGGUUCUGCUCCACUGAGAAAUUUCUGUUUAGGUGGAUGAUUCCUCUCAAACGGGACGAAAUGAAUAGUUCGCAGAUAGGCAUAACCCAGAAGGAAAUUUUAAUGAGGUCAACUGCAGAUCCAAAGGUGGCGCAUGUUACAGAUGAAAUGAAGAACAUUGAUACUUCUCAAUUAUUUUCAGGGCAAGCCUGCAAUGGAGGAUCAGAGAAUCAAAGAAAACCGCCAGAGAACGUUUCCUCCAAUGACCCAAAGAUAAGUUUUGGUAGAGGCCUUCCACCUUUUGCCAUGAAAAGACCUUUUUCUGAGGUUGUAGCUGGAUCGGUUUCUGUUGAUUCAGCAUUCCCUCCUCUACAGCAGAAACAACAACCAGCAACAGGUUUAGAGAAGGGUCCUAAGCAAAGGGGAAGAGAUCGAAUCGAAGAUCAAAUUUAUUCUAGGGGUGACUACCAAGAUUCUUCAAAAUCUGAUGGAACUCCUUGCCCGGAAAGCUCAGAUGGAGUUGUGAAUACCCGCAAUCCAGAUGGUGACCCUUUUCUACAGAUAGGAAGCAAUGUAGUGCCUGUAAACGUGAAUGGGGGUGUAAAGAUAAAACCAAAUACCUCUUUAAAACAUGCUGUAGUCUAUGUGGGUUUUGAGCAUGAGUGCUCGUACGGACACCGUUUUCUGUUGUCACCGAAGCAUCUCAAUGAGCUUGGCUCUUUAUAUUCCUUGCCUGAAGAAUCUCAUAGCCUUUCUUUGGAGGAUUCCGACAAAAAAAUUGAAGAUUCGUUAAACCUUAGUAAGAAUCGCAUACAUGGAAAAGUGAGAAUGAGUAAGCUGAAUGAGAAAAUGACCAACACUAAGCAGCAUAGGGAUGGAGACAUAUUGUUCUCUAGAUCAGAAGAGCAGAACCACUCUUCUACAUGUUUUGAAGGCGGCCUUAAUUUUGCUACACUUGAUGAUGGUGGAUGUGCAUAUUCCCUUUUGAAUAGGAACUUACCAAUAUACAUGAACUGCCCACACUGCAAAAUCUCUAAGAGCAAGGAGGGCCCCCAUAAGUUCAGGUUUGCAAGUACAAUAUCACAGCUUCAAAGAAUUUUUCUGGUGACACCUCCAUUUCCCAUUGUUUUAGCAACAUCCCCAGUUGUACAGUUCGAGGCCUCAUGCCUACCUCCAUCUGUUCCUGAUUGUGAGCGACAAUCACAGUUCAGCCUUGGCUAUCGAGUGAUCUUACCGCCGGAGAGCUUCUUGACAUUUAAACUUCCGUUUGUCUAUGGUGUGCAAUUGGCGGAUAAAAGUCUGCAUCCACUUAACCAUUUUGAACAUCAACCGGAACUAACUGCCUGGAUUACCAAAGGAACAACAUUGCAGGUUAUAUCAAUGGGGAGCAAUAUUGAUGAAGAAUUUCACAUGUAGAUGAAAGAGAAACAUCUGAAACAUUGUACUUAAGUCAGUAACACUUGUGGAGCAGAGCAAGCAGACUAGCGACAGCUCCAUUCAGCCUCAGGAGGAAACUAAGCCCCCCAAUGUUGGGAAAGAAAGCUUCAAUAGUAUGGACAAAAGCAACAUCUGUGACUGGAAAUCCAGGUCUGGGAGCUACAGGUGGGAUUCUUAGAGAUCAUACAGCGUACUUCAUCUUUCACUUCAGCAGUCCUCUAGGUAAGCUGGAUUUGAACCUGGGACCUUGGUGUUGAAACGCAGGCUGUCUACCUGUGACCUCAGAGAUGCUUAGGCGCUGAUUCCGCAUUUCAAUGUAAGAUCCACUACUGAUUAAUAGCCCAUGCACUCUGCAGCCUUCUCCCUGGCCUUGUUGCUGUGCACGAAGCUGGCUUUUUGGGCCUAUUUUAGCCUCAGCACCUGUAUGCAGUUGCUUCUAUUGGAUACAUGGUGGAGCUAGUAGGCCUUUAUUUCUAGCCUACACAAGCUGGCCUUUGUCUUUGGUGCCCCUUUCUAGCAAUACUGCCAUCCUGAACACAUCCUUGGCAGCAUCUCAUCAACCUUUGGGUUUAAACUGCAUGCGAGCCUACUGGUUGCAGUUUCAGCCCCCAGCUCCUUUAUAUCUCUGUAGAAGGAAAUUUUGGAGACCCAGGGAAUGCAAUCAGACUGCGGAUUUGCGUAUAAUAUUUUUUUAAAACUUGUUUCAGGUCCAGAUCCAUCUGUCUUCUUACUCAACAAGGUGUUCUGUAUCCGUUACGAUAUGCCAGUAAAUGCCAUGACCGUUACACGAUACGGGGGUAAUAUGGGGCAGUUAGUUUUUUAGAACCGUAUUGGCCGUUACGGUGGCCAUAAAGGCCGUUAUAUGGCAUAAUGACCGUUACCCCCAUAACGGUUGAAAAAUGGCCAUUUUUUUCUAUUUAAAUCUAUUUUUCUCCCCCCUCCCCGCCCUUUUUAAAAAAAAUUAUUUUUUAUUAUACUUUUCUCAUUUUAAAAACUCCUAGAUCAUUUUACAAUAGAUUUCGACCACUCUUACUAUAGUUUCUUAUAUUAAAAUUGUAGAUUGAAGUGAUUUGAGUGAAUAGAAGCUCCGAUGACCGUUUUUUUUUUUCAAAAAAUUAAAAAAGUAGUGUUUAUGCAUUUUUUCUUAUUUAUAGUUUGAAUGCUUGAUUGUGAUGUGUAAACAUUAGAUACAUAUAAUCAUGUUCACAAGUUCACUAGACAGCCCGAUACAACACUCUCACCAAAGAGUGGGCCUGUUACACUACCAUAAACAUGUUCAAAACAAAAAAAUGAAUACAUAUUUGGAAUACAUUAUUCUUGAUUUUCUAAAUAUUUUUUCAAGAUUUUUUGGGCAAAAGAAAAUUUUAAACUGUAACAGUGGUCGUAACAGUUGUUACGCCCCCGUAUUGGCCGUUACAGCAGAUACCCAUAUCGAUAAUGGUGGUGACUGUUACGGCCACCGUUACCGAUACAGAAUACCUUGUUACUCAAUGCAGCUCUUGAUCUGGUUUUCAUAUGCUGCUGCUUGAAUAGUUGCAUGUGGGUCAUAGGUGAGCAGCUACCGCAGAUAUAGAUGCUGUUUCUCAUGCAGCGUUUUGCAGAUGUUUAUUCAUGCUAUCAGCUGAUAUUUCUCCGGACAAGAUGGCCUCAUUUUUGGAUGAAGAUUUGAGUUGCAUUCUGGUUGUGGAGGGAAGCUUUUCAGAUAUCAGUUCUCAACAUGGACUUGGUCUGCAAUAGUUUCCUGUUGCAUUGCAUUGGAACUGUUUCAGUUAGUGGGGAUGGCAUUUUUUUACACCAUUUAAUCUUCAUGACAUACUAUACUCUAGAGGAAUUGCUGAAUUGGGCCAUUCUCAUUAUGGGCUGGGCUGCACUGUCUAGCUUCGUCAGGUUGGUUAUGUCGCUCGUGUCCCACUCACAUCAGAUCCAAAUGGUGCCGGUGGAUGAUGUCUAGAUUUGGGGCCUUAAAACCACUGAUUCUCCUGCUCUUCAGUGCAUGUAAUGCUAGCUGGACAAUCCUUCCAUGGUGUCUGAUGUCUCUCGAAAGCCUUGGACGUGUAGGAGCUCGUGCCUGUUUUGGAGCAGAUUGGACAUCCAUCAAAUUAAGGGAAAGAAGGUAUAGGUGAAAGGAGGAUGUUGAGAUGGAUAAGUGGCGAUACAAGUAUGGUAUUGGAAAUGAAUGCAUUCAAGGGAACUAAGGUGCGGCAUGCAUAAGAAGGAAAGUAGAUAGAUGAAUCAUGUGCAAUAGAGACUUAAGGGCCCUUUUGGCAUCUCUACUAAAUAAGAGCGUAUUUGCUUAUUAUUAUUAAUAUUAUUAUUUUUUAAAUGUCUUUUUUGGAAAAUAAAAAUAGAUUGUUUGGUAGCGUUGCAUUUAUUUAUUUUAGCGAUGAGAGGUUUUAUCUGUUAAUUCAGGGAUGGAGAGUUUACCUUAUUAUUGUUAUUGUUAUUCUUACAUCAUUGUCAUUAUCGUUAUUUUUAUUAUUUUUAA